GCCCUGACAGCUAGCAGCCUGUCUAUCCCUCGGGCUGGGAUCUGAGAGCGCGCUGUGUAUGACGGGAACAGGCGGCGGGGAUUAUGGGAAAUGUAGUCUGGCGACACCGCCCUGCUCUCCAUUCCUGUAAUGGCUGCUUUCGGUUAGGCUGUGUCACGAGUAACCUCUUAGCCUCAGCAUCCGGAAGUUCCAAAGAGAAUAUUUCACGUUGGAUAGAAUUUUACAUAUACCAUUGUUUCGGCAGGUUCAGCCCUUCAGAUCCUAACAUCAUGAAUUCAGUUUCAACACAAUUGAUCUUAGUUCUCACUUCGCUGCUUUUGAUCCUGCCUGUUGUUGAAGCAGUGGAAGCUGGAGAUGCAAUCGCACUCUUAUUAGGUGUGGUUCUCAGUAUUACAGGCAUCUGUGCUUGCUUGGGGAUAUAUGCAAGAAAGCGAAACGGACAGAUAUGACUUUGAAGGACUCUUCUGAAUUAGACUUCACCCUGACCAUUGUACUGAAAACCAUUGUGCUGUUGAGGCCGAACCCAAGAUUUGAUCUCUCCUCUUUUCAGCAAGAGGGUUACAGUUAACUGAGAGUUAACACCCUCAGUUAAGACGAUGCUUUCGUGUUCAUAUUUGUUUCUCCUAUGAUGGAAGCAGAUGUGGGUGGAGGGAGGCUCUUAACAACAAAGAGUACGCUAAUAAUGUGGCCCAUAUUUUGUAUUUGCUGCUUGGGAAGGGGCCAAAGUGAGAGGGCUUAAGUUUGCAUAAGUAUUAUUUCAUACUUUCAAAUUGUCAAAGCACAUGAAAUAGGAAGAUGGAAGUAUUUGCUCAGAAUCUAGUAAAUCUACAUUGUUAUAAUCACUGCCUCUUGCAUUCUGGGGGAAUCUCUCUCUCUCUCUCUCUCUCUCUCUCUCUCUCUCAGUUGGUGGGUUGGGUUUUGGAUUUAGGUUUUUUUGUUGUUACUGAUUUUUUUUUAAUGCUUCAAUUUUUAUUUCCUUAGUUGAUAUUGUACUUAGAUGUUAACAACCAAAAACUUUUAUCUCUGAGAAAAAAGUUUAAUAAAAUUGUACUAAACAUAUCUAAUACUAAAAUAGAGGGAAUGUUUGUUAAAAAAAUAACUUUACACUAAUUGAGUAUUUUCUCCUUUGUGAGAUGUAUUGUAUCAAAUACAUAGCCAUUAUGUCAUCAGUUCA